AUGGUGAAACAAUUUGGAAAUGUCAACUUGAUCGCUGCCAUCGCUGUCAUCGGUGGUGGCCUGUUCGGUUUCGACAUCUCGUCGAUGAGUGCCAUCAUUGCUACCCAGCCAUACAAAUGUUACUUCAACCAGCAAGGAUUCAAUGAUGCUGGCCAGUGCAUUGGUCCCAAGGCCGAUGUCCAAGGUGGAAUCACUGCCUCCAUGGCUGGUGGCUCAUGGCUCGCUGCUCUUUGCUCCGGCUACCUCUCUGAUCGCCUCGGUCGCAAGAUCGCAAUCCAGGUCGGAGCCGUCAUCUGGGUUAUUGGCUGCAUCAUCGUCUGCGCUUCUCAGAACAUCGCCAUGCUCAUCGUCGGUCGUGUAAUCAACGGCUUCUGUGUUGGCAUCUGCUCCGCCCAAGUUCCUGUCUACAUCUCUGAGAUCGCUCCUCCAAGCAAGAGAGGAAAGCUCGUCGGUGCUCAGCAAUGGGCAAUUACUUGGGGAAUUAUGAUCAUGUUCUACAUCUCUUACGGAUGUUCUUUCAUCAACGGUACUGGUGCCUUCCGCGCUCCUUGGGCCCUCCAAAUGAUCCCCGCCAUCUUGCUCUUCUUCGGCAUGAUCUUCCUACCUGAAUCUCCCCGCUGGUUGGCAUCCAAGGAUCGCUGGGAAGAGACUCGCGCAGUCCUUGCUCUAACCCAUGGUCACGGCGAUCCCGACAGUCCCUUUGUUAUGCGCGAAUUUGACGAGAUCAGAGAAUGGAUCAAAAUCGAGUCCGAAGCUAAGAACGCCUCCUACCUGGAGCUCAUUCGUCCUCGAAUGCUCAACAGAACCAUCAUCGGUGUUUUCAUGCAAAUCUGGUCUCAAUUGACUGGCAUGAACGUCAUGAUGUACUAUAUUACCUAUGUAUUCCAGAUGGCAGGCUUGUCAGGAAACAACCUUCUCGUCUCCUCGUCCAUCCAGUAUGUCAUCAACGUCGUUAUGACUGUUCCUGGACUACUUUUGGUCGAUCGCGUGGGCCGCCGCCCUCUACUUCUGAUCGGAGCUGCGUUCAUGGCUUUGUGGCUGUUCGCCAAUGCCGGCAUUCUCGGUGCACAUGGAACAUACCCUGGUCCUGGUGGUGUCGGAGGCAACACACCUGAGGCUUCAACCGAAGUCACAGGCGCAGCUUCCAAGGCUGUCAUUGCUUGCUCAUACCUCUUCGUUGCAUCAUACGCACCUACUUGGGGACCUGUCUCCUGGAUCUACCCUUCAGAAAUCUUCCCAAACCGCGUUCGUGGCAAAGCCACUGCUCUUGCAACCUCUGCGAACUGGGCCUUCAACUUCGCUCUUGGAUACUUCGUCCCCCCUGCUUUCAUCAACAUCAGAUGGCACACCUACAUCGUCUUCGGUGUCUUCUGUGUUGCAAUGUGGCUACACGUUUUCUGUUGCUUUCCUGAAACGGCCGGAAAACCGCUUGAGGAGGUCACCGCUAUGUUCGAGGACCCUAACGGCAUCCGCUACAUUGGAACUCCUGCCUGGAAGACUAGCACAUCGACCUCAGUCACAUCUCGCCUGGAGAGAGGUCAGGAUCUUGAGAAGAAGCUCAGUGAGGAGGAGAAGCCUGAGACACAUGAAGUCGCUCCCAAGGAGACUGUCUAA